AUGAAUCGGAGUGAAUCUAUUACCGCUUAUGUGAAGGGUUCUAGUGGCGAAUGGAGGUACUUCUUUGGAGGUUUCAUGCUGGUCAGCUUGGUAUUCUCGGAGUUGGGAAAUCUUUUUUUAAUCAUUGGAAUAUAUUCGAAGAAGCUCAACAAUGUAACAGCGAAAGUUAUAAAGGCCCUCACCCUGUCAGACGCUGCUCUAGGCAUAGUUCUCAUCCUUCCUUCCUGUAUCGCUAUGCUGAAUGAAGGAUGGCUGUUUGGGAAUGGAGGCUGUAUUCUUCAAGGACUUCUAUCCAACACAUUGCUAUCGUCUCACUGUUUCCUGAUGUUGUGCUUGGCAAUUGAAAGGUUUUAUAUAUUAGUGACGAAAAGUCCAUCCAGAUUCCAAAAUACUUUCUGCAGCGCUGGAAUUGUGGGCAUAUUUUUACUGUCUGGUCUGUUGUCCGGAUUCCCUUUGUUGCAGAGCAAAAGCUACCAAUACAUGACUGGUAUAUACCACUGUGUUCUGUCAGCCGACACCUUCCCGCUCUUUAUGAACUUGCUGACUUAUGUCAUCCCAUUGAUGGCCGUCAUGUUCUUCUCCAUACUUACACUGAUGAAAACAACGUCAUGUCGUGCAGGAAGCAGAGGAUCGGUUAACCCAACGUUGGAGGAAUCCGAGGCUGAAACCAGAUUGAGAGCAGAGCGGUUUGGGAUGGCAAGAGCUUCUUUGUUUCCAACAGCAACAGCCUUUCGUGAAAUUGACGAAUCACUAAUGCUUCCACAGGUCGAGAUUCGUGCAACAAUUGCUUUGUCGUACUUAAAUUCCCCAUUGUCGAUACUGUACAUUAUAGCGUUUUGUCUGAAGACUCUUGCAUUUUUCUGGUUCGAUGUACAGACAAAAAUUGCUGGUAUAAGCCUUUUAUUUUAUACAAUUGCCAGUUUCAUCCAACCUUUUAUUCUUUUUGGGGUGAGUGGUGCUUUGAGAAAAUCGUUUAUUAAUUUCAUUAGACGAAGAAAUGUUGAUUCCACGCCAACUCAUGUUUUCCGAAUCAUCCGGAGAUCCCCUCGACCAAGAGAAGAAAACGAGCUUUGUAGAGACAUUCCUACCUUUCUAAGACAGUCAUCUGCAGUAACGAUACACGGUCAAAUUUCUUCACAGGUGAACCUUCGUAGUGAAACUCGUCAGUCAAGUUCAUCAUCUCCAGGAAGUGAUAGGUCAAAAUCACCAAAGAAAGAGACUAAUAUACAGAAACCCACACUGGUCAAACUACCAAGAUUCGACAUGGAACGCCGAUUUUCUUUGCAGAGUACCAACGCUGAUAGUAUCGAUUCCAUGCUUGUUAAUGUUGGAGCAUCAGUGGAAUCGAACAGUAGAUGGUCCGUCUCAACAGCGAGUGUCAUGACGCUAAAUAUUCCAGAAUUGCAAAUGCCAUGUUCCCGUCCAAAAUCUAGAAUUACUCGUGUGAUGUCUGAAACAACUUAUGAAUCAUCAAAGGGCAACACUUCUCCAACAAACAGCAUAUCUAGUGAGCGUCUGCUAAAACCGUCCUUGUCUGCUGGCGUGACGCUCUCUCCGAGAAAACUGUCGCUCGGCAGAGAACGGACACAAUAUCGAAGUUUCUUACACGAUGAUUCUAGGCUCCCAUUACCUCCAGUUGAGGACGUCAGCUCACAAGAGUGUUCACCGCGGGAAAGUAAAGAAAUCCGUCAGUCUACCAUCCUAAAAGAAGUCAAACCAUUUCUUCCCCUUUCUCCUUGCAUAUCUAAACAGCCCUCCACAAGUUUCGUAAUACGAAUGGACAGCCAAACGGACUCAGUUUUUGGUGAAGUGGAUUAG